GAAAAAAGUGGGGAUUGGUUACAGUUGUAGGCUCCUCAGUAAAUGCAGGCCAUUUCUGGUAUUCUUGCAACGGAUGCAUCCUCCAUUUCCCUUCUCAUUACCCACCGUUUAACAGCCAAACGACAACAUUCUCUCUCUCUCUCUCUCUCUACUAAUUCCCUCUGCAACUUUUUUUAGUUGCUCACUGUCUUCCCACGUUACUGCAGAGUGGAACCCAAGUUGAAGAAUUGGUUUUAGAUAUCACUGGUGAUUGCUUGCUCUAGAGAGAGAGAUGCAGAGGCGAAGGCCAAGACUGAGGAUGUUGGGCAGAGUGCCUCUGCUACAUCUGUUACUGGUGUGCGGCCUCACAACCUUUGCUCUUGGGACUCUUCUCUCCUCUCGCAUUUUUCCGGCUUCGAAAUCCUCCAUUUUGGGCUCUUACAAGCUGCCCAAGCAUGAGAUUGGGAUCCAAAGACGGAGCAAUGAGCUGCACUGGACAAGAGAGUCCUCUCCUCCCCAUCUAUCCAAAGAGCCUCAACCAUCACCUAAGUUGGAUGGUGCUACUGGGCUGGUUGAACCUUACAAGCUAUGGAAGCCACCUUCUGGUCGUAACUUUGCACCUUGUGUGGAGCCAAGUGAUCCCUAUACAUCUCCUGGGGAGUCAAGAGGGUAUCUGCUGGUUCAUACAAAUGGUGGGCUUAACCAGAUGCGUGCUGGAAUAUGUGACAUGGUUGCCGUGGCUAGGAUCUUAAAUGCUACUGUUGUGAUCCCAGAACUUGAUAAACGUUCAUUUUGGCAAGAUUCUAGCAAUUUUUCAGAUGUGUUUGAUGAAGAAUAUUUCAUUAGUGCCUUGGCCAGUGAUGUUACAGUGGUGAAAAAACUGCCAAAGGAGUUGACAACAACAACUAAAGCAGUCAAACAUUUUAGAAGCUGGUCUGGGGUAGAAUACUAUCGGAAUGAGAUAUUUCCUUUGUGGGAAGACUAUCAGGUUAUUCGAGCUGCGAAAUCAGAUUCGCGGCUAGCGAAUAAUAAUUUGCCUCUUGACAUUCAGAAGCUCCGUUGUCGUGCUUUCUACAAUGCCCUCCGUUUCUCUCCUCGCAUCGAGAAAUUGGGAAAAUUAUUGGUGGAACGGAUGAGGUCAUAUGGUCCUUACAUAGCUUUACAUUUGCGUUAUGAGAAGGACAUGCUUGCAUUCAGCGGAUGCACGUAUGGGUUGUCCCCAGAUGAAGCUGAGGAGCUUGCCAACAUUAGAGAAAAUACUCCCCAGUGGAGGGUAAAGCACAUCGACCCUAGGGAUCAAAGGGUCAAGGGAUACUGUCCUCUGACUCCAAAAGAGGUCGCCAUGUUCCUUACAGCCCUCGGAUAUCCCUUGAGUACGCCCAUAUACGUUGCUUCUGGUGAAAUAUAUGGUGGGGAAUCUCAAAUGGCUGAUCUGCAGUCCCGCUUCCCAAUAUUAAUGAGCAAGGAAAAAUUGGCAUCUGAGGAGGAGCUGAAACCAUUUACAGCUUAUGCAUCUCAAAUGGCUGCCUUAGACUACAUUGUCUCAGUUGAGAGUGAUGUGUUUGUUCCCUCAUAUUCAGGCAACAUGGCUCGGGCAGUCGAAGGUCACCGCCGUUUUUUGGGCCACAGGAAAACGAUAUCUCCUGACAGGAAAGCUCUAGUCCGCCUUUUCAAUAAGAUUGAGAUAGGAUCCCUCAAAGAAGGGAAACGACUCUCAGAGUUGAUAAUUGAUAUUCACAAGAAACGUCAGGGUUCUCCAAGGAAAAGGAGAGGUCCAAUUUCUGGAACAAAAGGUAAAGAGAGGUUCCGAUCAGAAGAGGCAUUUUAUGUGAAUCCCCAGCCUGAAUGCAUAUGUCAUAAGGAACCAUUGGGCACAUUAUCUCUGAACAAUUCUCUAACAACUCUCUUGUAAGUACGCCAGUAUAAGAGUCGAAAAAUAUCAAUCUCCUAAGAAGGCCAAAGUGUGGAAUAAUGUUCUAAGAAGCAGCACAAAGAGUUGAAUGGAUGCACUUGGAUUUUUAACCUGUAAAGCAUAUGUUAUUUAUUCAAGGUUUUCUUGAGAGCCAUCGAUUUUGAACCAUGGCAGCGAAAUUGUAUAUAUGAGCUUUGUAGAUGGCAAGUCCAAUUGUAGAUGGAAAGAUGGGGUUAUACAAAGUCAUGGAACAGUUUGUUGAGUACUGCAAAAGUGCGAGAAAUUUUUGGUGUCCGAGUUACUUCACCCAUAUCAAAGGUACAAAGGUAUUUGUUGUUGCUCUUUAAUGUAUAAUCUGUUGUUGCUCUUUAAUGUAUAAUCUCUUACUCUACUGUUUCUCUCUUGCACUUUUAGGCGUGAAUGGAACAUAUACAUCAAUCCAAAGAGCAAAUUGAAAUAUAUUAGUUUAUGUAUUUUGUUC